UCCCGGCAUCCCCACUCCUUUCGCUUCCACACGCUCACAUUUAGCACUUAUCAUCCGCCUCUCCACUAUGCUCCACGCCGUGUUCCGGCUCCCCGCCACAGGCGCCCGAUCCUUGGCGACCCGGUUCCGACCCGGCCUCACAGUUCCGGUAGCUUCCAGAUGUUAUUCCCAUGCCAAAGUGGAGACGGAUGAGGAGUUUGACGCCCGCUGGGUGACCUACUUCAACAAGCCUGACAUCGACGCCUGGGAGCUGAAGAAAGGCAUGAACACCUUGAUCGGUUACGACCUGGUACCCGAGGCCAAGAUCCUGGAUUCGGCUCUCAGGGCGUGCCGGAGACUCAACGACCUGGCGAGUGCCAUCCGUAUCCUGGAGGCUGUCAAAGACAAAGCAGGCCCUCACAGAGACAUCUAUCCAUACUUGAUCCAGGAACUGAAGCCCACGCUGGAGGAACUCUGCAUCUCCACGCCGGAGGAGCUCGGCAUUGACAAGCUUUAACAGGCAUAGGUGACUGAAUUGUUGUUUGACAAUACAUCCGCUUGCAUAACGUACAAAUGGAUCACUGCUCAAUACACAUUUUAUUUUUUGCCUCAGGUGCUUGGAGAGAUAAACUCCCAUAAUUUGUCUCCUGUCAAAAAUGUCUAUAGUGUUGAUUGAUCUCAUGCUGUCCUAUUAUGUACAAAUUGGUGGACCGAAUAAACAAAUGCUGUUAGAACUG